AUUUUCUGCACAAAGAAGCGAAAGGCAUGUAACCCCAAGGGAGGCAGUUAUUUUAGAUUUUACAAAGAAGUCAGUUAACAUUUUUCAACACUCCCUUCUUUGUCUUAAAGAAAGCUCUGGUUUUGUUUCAUUUUCAUCCGGAGACUUAAAUGACACCAAGCAAAGCCUACUUAGUUUAGAUUUCCAGGAAUCAAAUGGUAAAAAAGAAAGCAUGAAGUUUUCAAGCUUGUAUUGUUUUCUUCUGCUUCUCAUUUUUCAAACUGACUUUGGACAAAAUGAAGAAACUUCUAGGAGGCAAAGAAGGAAGAUGUAUCAUAGAAGACUGAGGAAAAGUUCCUUGCCCACCCACAGAUCUGUUAGACAGCUUGGAAUUCAGCAGAUGAAGACAGCUACACCUGCAGCAAAACUUCCCAUCAUUAACUUGGAUUACAGUACUGAGGAAAAUUUUGAAUCCUUUUUAAGUGUUCCUGGAGUAGAAUCAAGCUAUAACGUGUUACCAGGAAAGAAAGGUCACUGUUUGGCAAAUGGGAUGAUCAUGUAUAACAAAGCUGUGUGGUCUCCGGAGCCCUGUACUACCUGCCUCUGCUUGAAUGGAAAAGUGCUUUGUGAUGAGACCAAGUGCCACCCUCAGAUGUGCCCCCAUACAAUUAUACCUGAAGGAGAAUGCUGCCCUGUCUGCUCUGAUACUGUAGCUUCCUAUUUGCUACUCAGUGGUACAGCAUUAAAUGACAGAACUGAAUUUUCUGGUGAUUCUUCAGAACAAAGAGAACCUACCAAUUUACCUCAUAAGCAACAGUCACCUCCUUGGGUGGAAAUGAAUCGAGCACUGAGAAAAGAGGAACUUCAACUUGAGGAGGAUGAAGAAGAAUUCAAACAAGAUGAAAAUAGGGAGCAAAAGAAAAAGACUUUUAGACCUGGAGACUGGGGGAGACCUAUCAAUGAGGGACAGAGCAGAGAAGGGAAAGUGCAGAGGCCUGAAGAGGAGGGGAGGCAUGCCCAUCAACACAGAAACCCAGCAAGGGAGAAUGAGGAAGACGAUGACGAUGAGGAGGAAGACCAUGAAGGUGAGGAGGAAGACAAUGAAGAUGAGGAUGAGACCAUCAGAGGAGACACGUUUAGGAUGCCCCCUCGACUCCCAAUCCCAGCUACCCCCAGAGGCAUACCGUCUCUGCCAAGCAUGUGCUCUCUGUCCUACAAAACCAUCUCCUGUAUCAGCGCUGACCUCACACAAAUACCACCGCUAACAGCACCAGAGAUAACAAGUCUGGAGCUCAUAGACAAUUCCAUCACCUCCAUUCCGGAUGAAGCAUUUAAUGGAUUACCGAAUUUGGAAAGGCUUGAUCUGAGCAAAAAUAAUAUCACCUCUUCAGGCAUAGGUCCAAAAGCAUUCAAGUUUCUAAAGAAUUUAAUGCGCUUAAAUAUGGAUGGAAACAAUUUGGUAACGAUUCCUUCAGAACUACCAUCUACAUUAGAAGAACUCAAAAUCAAUGAGAACAAGCUGCAGGUUAUCGAUGAAGAAAGUUUAUCAGACUUAAAUCAAUUGGUCACUUUAGAAUUGGAAGGAAACAAUCUCAGUGAAACCAAUGUCAAUUCCUUGGCUUUCAAACCUUUGAAGAGCCUAUCCUACCUGCGUCUGGGAAGAAAUAAAUUUAGAAUUAUACCACAGGGUCUUCCUGCUUCUAUUGAGGAAUUAUACCUAGAAAAUAACCAAAUUGAAGAAAUAACUGAAAUUUCUUUUAAUCAUACCAGAAAGAUCAAUGUCAUUGGAUUACGUUCUAAUAAAAUUGAAGAAAAUAGAAUUGCUCCUUUAGCCUGGAUAAAUCAAGAAAAUCUAGAAUCGAUAGACCUCUCCUACAACAAGCUCUACCAUGUCCCCUCCUAUCUACCCAAGUCGCUGGUGCACCUCGUACUCAUCGGGAACCAGAUCGAACGCAUCCCUGGCUAUGUGUUUGGUCACAUGGAACCAGGCCUGGAAUACCUGUACCUGUCAUUUAAUAAGCUUGUGGAUGAUGGCAUAGACCGAGUCUCCUUCUAUGGAGCUUACCAUUCUCUGCGAGAGCUGUUUCUGGAUCAUAAUGAAUUAAAAUCUAUACCACCUGGGGUACAAGAAAUGAAAGCACUACAUUUCCUGAGACUGAACAACAACAAGAUACGGAAUAUUCUUCCAGAACAAAUUUGCAAUGCUGAAGAAGAUGAUGAUUCAAAUCUAGAACAUCUUCAUCUUGAAAACAACUACAUUAAAACAAGAGAAAUAUCAUCCUAUGCAUUUUCAUGCAUAAGAUCAUAUUCAAGUAUUGUUCUUAAACCACAAAAUAUCAAGUAAUUCUGAGUUUUUCUUUGUCAUUUGUAAAUCAUACUCAUAUAUCUGUUUUAGUAGCAUUUUCCUCAAUAAGAGAUAUAAUGUCAUAUUAAAGUGUCAUUAUGCUAGUCAACCUGAUUCACCAAUGCACAGGACAACCAAACACAUAUCUACAAGGUUUAGUCUUUUAACAGUUUUAGUGAAACUUUCAGUUUCACACUCUAGGAAGAAGCCAUCUUGUUGCAAACUUUUCUCACAAGAAUAGGAUGUUGUGUGCUGCUGAAGUAGACUGAGAGAAAUCUGAAACUAAAUAUGACCUUUACAACAGACCACAGAAUUUCUAUUAGCUAAGAACUCCCUAAGUCUUUUAAAAAAGUAUGAAUGUUAUGGUUCAAGCCCAAGAAGUGGACAGCUGGAAAAAAUAAUAGGUAGAAUUUAUGAACUAAUGUUCUGUUUAUUAUUCUGUUAAAGCAAAACUUUAUUAAUUUUCUAUAAGUAAUUAAGACCCUAUAAUACAAUUAUUGAUAUAAAUAAACUUAAUCAUUGGCUUAGCUUUAGUUCCUUCUAUUAAUUACAUGAAUAGAAUUAAAAUAUAAUUACUAUAAAGUUAAUUUCCUGAUCUUGAGAACUAUACUAUGGUUAAGUAUGUGCUUAUUAACAUUAGGGAAAGCUGGGAGAAGGGUAUAUGUGAAUUCUGUAUGAUUUUUUAAUUUAUCUGUAAGUCUAAAAAGUUUAACAGUAUUUUAAGAUCAUCCACCUCAUGCGAAGAGUUGACUCAUUGGAAAAGACUCUGAUGCUGGGAGGGAUUGGCGGCAGGAGGAGAAGGGGACGACAGAGGAUGAGAUGGCUGGAUGGCAUCACUGACUCGAUGGACGUGAGUCUGAGUGAACUCCGGGAGUUGGUGAUGGACAGGGAGGCCUGGCGUGCUCAAUUCAUGGGGUCGCAAAGAGUCGGACACGACUGAGCGACUGAUCUGAUCUGAUCUGAAGAUCACCCUCAUAAUUAUUUGCUCAAGAUCAAAAGAUUUAUGGAAAGCAGUAGAGUUUGCUUAAAAUAUAAGUUAACUACCCUUGACUAAACCUUGUAAAUAUAAACCUAAUGCAUACAUUUAAAAAACUUUUGCUCCUCUGGUCAUUGUUAACAUCUCUUGUCUUUGUCCUAAUUUGCUCAAAUGUAUCUUUUUACUCAAUACAACAUAAAAGCUAUUAGUAUUCAUUAUGUAGUAGAUCCUAACAAAAUCAUAUCAUGUAUUAAAAUUUUCAUUAUAUAA